UGCGUGCUCGUUCUCAGCGUGCUCGUUCUCAGCGUGCUCGUUCUCAGCGUGCUCGUUCUCCUCGUUUCUUGCGGUUACUCCGACCCGCUCGUUGCGCCGCCCUCGCACGUGACAUAACAACCAGCGCGUGCGCACGACAGCAAACUAGUAAGACAGGGUUUGAUACGAUGGUCAGAUACAUGGUCGUUGCUCAGUUAGAAGACAAUGGUUGCGAGCGGUGAGAAGCUAUUGAAGGACAUGAAUCAAGUGUCGGCCCUCGUUUCAACGCCCGAGCCUUCCACACUCCUCACUCAUCAAACCGCAGCUAACGAGGAGAGGAAAAAGAAAGGCGCGUUCCAAAUCACUGACGUGAGACAGGGCCAAGAGGCUACCGACAUCAGCUUCGAUACGACCAUCCUCGAGGAGGAUGACGACGACGACGAUUUGGUGAAUGAAUUGGAAGCCGCUGGUGGAGAAGGUGUGUCAGUCAUCGCUCAGUCAAGCGAGCCGGUGCUCACACAUGGCGCGCAAAACGAGCUAAACGACCCAGAUGCGAAGUCUCAACGAUUCCGCGUCGUUAAGCUGCAAGGCAAUCUCGUGAACGACGAGAGAGGACGAUGGCGUUGCCACGACGCCGGUGUCGACGUUCUCGAGCGAAACGCGAGCAACGGGUCGUCCUCUGCGGAGUCAAGCUGCGUGACUGGAGAGCAGAGUCCUGUAGGUGUCCGACGACACGACGCGCCAACGUCGAGUCCGUCGCUCGGAGCGUUGGUGACCUCGACGCCGACGACCGGGGGAUUGACGGUUGCGCGCGGACAUGGCAGCGAAGUCUGCGCGCGAUAUCGGGACGAUGCGUUGACUUGUAGUGUAGUGAAAGACGAUGUGUCCGAGGUGUGUACUCUAUCGCGGCAAACGUCGGUCGAGAUGGGUUGCGACAGCGGAGCGACGUCGCCUGAAAUGCAGCGCAAUGCGGAUUCAAGUUCGCAUCGGUCAUUGCAAGAAGCAGCCGUUUCAACUGAAUGGGUGACUGCAGCAGAGCACGUGCCCGAGAGUUCUCGAGAUCAUCCAAUUUGCAACGAACAUGGACACCCGAAAUGGAUUGGUUUUAUGGGUGAAUUCGAAACUUUGCUCAGCAAGUACGUGACACGACAGACAGGAGAACUCGAAGGCAAGAACCGCGAGCUCGAGAAACAGAUCACUGAGCUCCAAGGUAAACUAAAGUCAUUACAGGACGAUAACAAGGAGCUUCAAGAAACUAACAGUUCGUUGCAACAGCAGCAGGCUUCGCUACAACAAGAGUAUAGUAACUUACAAGAAGAGAACACUACGUUACAUCAAGAGUUGGGGUCGAUGAGAGGGAGGGAUCCGGUACAGUGACAGUUUUUUCCUUCAGUAUGGAGAUAAGAGUUACGAAUGGUAUUGCAAUUACGCUAGUGCUAGUGUAGCACCAUACGUUAUUUAUCUACGAGUUGAAUAGUUGGUGCUGACAGCA